ACAACAGGUGUAUCAGAGAUUGUUAGCAUGCAGACAGACAAAUAUAUAUAUAGAUAGAUAGAUAGAUAGAUAGAUAGAUAGAUAGAUAGACAGACAGAUAGAUAGACAGACAGAUAAACAGACAUGGACAUGGACGCAGUUAAGACUUAACAAUUUCCCUGAAACUGAAACCGAAGCUGAAUUUGACGGGUUUUUUUCUCCAUCGCUGAUCCACAGCCGUCGUCCUUCCUGUUUUCUCUCAGCUCCUGUUUACAUUUAUAAACAUGACUCUUUUUACUUCCUAAACAAACGUGCGCGUGAGUCCAGUUCGUCCGUCUAAACUUCCGGCUGCAGCGAUGAAAACAUCCGGACUAACUUUUCUGCCCUUUUUACUCUUGUACCAAACAGCAUUAGCAGAUGAGGAGGAGGUUACAGUAAUCAGUGAGUUAGGGGAGAACGUCAUGCUGCAAUGCCCUGAUCUCCCCUUCAACAAAACCCCAUCGCUGACCCGAUGGAAAAAGAACCAGGUCGUGUUGGCCACCCAUAACCACUCUCAGCCUGAGAGCAUGCAACAUGUGGGACAUAUAUCAAUCCUGAACAACAGCAGCUUGAACAUCGCUGGCUUGAUGAAAAUAGACCAGGCCGUGUAUGUGUGUGAGACUGAGCCGCCUUUCGAAAAACAACAUAACGUUCAGCUACUGGUCACAGAGGGUCCAAAGAACAUGGUGGUAGAAGUAACACCGGCGACGUCUCUCGCAAACGGAACGUGGUUUGUCUUGAAAGCCUCCACCAUUAUUAUAAACUGUUCAAGCACGUCGUUCCCCUCCCAGAACAUGACCUGGAUGUUUGAGGAUUUGGCUCAGAAUGAAAACCAAAGCAGGGCGUUUGGGACUAAAUCAUGUCUGCAGAUUGAGAUCAUUAACGUUCAGCCUGAGGAUCAGAGAAACUACACGUGCCUCGCUCAGAACGUCCUCUCCAUGAAAAAUGAGACACGGAGCCUGGAACUGCUCGUCUACUAUGCUCCAGAGACUCAUCCAGACUGCAUUUGGCACCAUGGAUCUCAGCUCGAUCAGAUCCUCUUUAACUGCUCCUGGUACGGAGCUUACCCGACCCCAACGCUAACGAUCUUAUUGGACUCACAAACAGACAGGAAGCCUAAACUAAACAGAUCGCAGGAGACUGAGAACUUUGAGCUGCUUCUGAACAGGAGCAUGCUGUAUGAGGGCCAGAAGAUCACCUGUGUAGGAAAACACAUGGCACUAAAGCCUGGGGACAUAAGGAAAUGCACCUUCACACUUGCGGCUCCGUACCCGGAGGGACAACCAAUGGUUGCUGCACUGGAAGGAACGAACAUCACCCUCAAAUGCACCGAGUACAAGUCUCUGCCUCCUGCUAAAACCGUAUGGCAGCGAGGAGUAAAGCAAGAGCCCAUCAUUCCUAGCUCUAAGUACAUUGUUAUUGAGGAGGGUCCAAAUCUGAGCCUCACCAUAGUCAAUGCCACCAAAGACGAUCAGGGCGUGUAUUUCUGCUGGAGUGAAAACGUUCUCGCUGCCAAAGAACUGGAGGUCUACCUUACGAUCAGAUCUUCUAACUAUACGUCUGGAGCCAUGGUCGGGGUCUUCAUAUCAAUUUUAAUUUUAGCAGCUGGAAUCACUGUGGGCUAUUUCGUGUACACACGCCGUGACAGGAUUUGCCUAGGUUUCUGGUUUAGUCGUUUAAAGGACGACAACGCAGACGUGAUAAAUCUCGUCGAGUCGGACGAGGAAGACGUUUUCCACAACGCCGUUCCGAGACUCCCUUCUCUGACUAACGGCCACGUUUCUGCUUCAGCGACGACGCUCGUGGAAAUUCACCACGUCCAGGCCAGUGAUCAUGAAGAUAACAUGAAUGAUACAGACUUAGACCAUCACAAGUAGGAUCACAAGAAGGAUCUUAAGGAGCCAGAUGGAAAAUAAAGACUUUUUUAGGGACUUUGAGGGCUUUAGUGACUCUACAGAAUUUACAAUUUCACUGGUUCAUUUUUCAAAUGCAGGGAUUUGAUUUUGCAAUGUGUGUGCGCGCGCGUGUGUGUGUGUGUGUGUUGGUUUUUAUGUGCAUGUGAAAUACAAUCAGUUCUAUAAAAUAUUCUAAUCAUUUGUGUUUGUUUACUUGCCCUGUUGUUUUGGCCAUAUUGUCAAUAAAAGCGUAAAGGCUUUGUGUGUGCGUGUGUGUGUGCAUGCUUGUGUGUGUUUUGUUGUUUUUUAAGUGAAUGUAUUCGGCUGUUUUGUCCCCCUUUCACUGUUAUUUGAAUGCAAAAUAAGUUUUACUUCAUUACUUCUCAGUGAUUUUUUUGGAGAAUGAUGCAAUAUAACUUCUACUGUAAACUGAAUGCGGGUUUUUAGUGCAGUGAAUGAUGUCCUUUAUUUUUCUGAAUAAAUAAUUUCAUCUGAUGAGAAAUGAC